UUUAACACCUGCUGGCUCUGCAAAUGAACCAUAUUUUAAUGACUUAUCAAACAGCGAUUUUUGGUUUGAAAUGAAUAUUUCCCGCUGCACGUUAAGGCAACCUUCCGCUAAACCGGAUAUUGCGUCUUCUUUCUUCCUCCCAGACUACAGACGCGAUUAAGCUACAAAGUUAGCGAUGUCAGGUGUCGAGGACAUUUCAAAUGAGUCGGUAGAGUUUAAAGAAGACAAAGAGUUUGAUGUAGAGGCAGAGGACCACCUCGAGGAUGAUUAUUUUCUUGACCCGACUCGAUAUAUGUUUUACAGAGACAGAAAGGAGUGGGCUGAUCUGCAGCCUGUUCCUCAGGAUGAUGGACCAAAUCCUGUAGUGAAGAUCGCCUACUCUGACAAGUUCUCAGAUGUGUAUGACUAUUUCCGUGCACUCCUGAAGAAUGAUGAAAAAAGCGACCGGGCUUUCGCCUUGACAGCAGAAGCCAUUGAGCUGAAUGCUGCCAAUUACACAGUUUGGCACUACAGGCGAGUUCUGCUACAAGCCCUAUCAAAGGACCUGAGGGAGGAGAUGAAGUACAUUACUGCCAUCAUCGAGGAGCAACCCAAAAACUACCAAGUGUGGCAUCACAGACGUAUGGUGGUGGAGUGGUUGAAUGACCCCUCGGAGGAAUUAGAGUUCAUUGCUGACAUUCUCAGCCAAGAUGCAAAGAAUUACCACGCCUGGCAGCACAGACAGUGGGUCAUCCAGGAGUACAAACUGUGGGACAGUGAGCUGGAGUUUGUGGAGAAUCUUCUGGAAGAAGAUGUGAGGAAUAACUCUGCAUGGAACCAGAGGCAUUUUGUAAUUUCUCACACUACAGGCUUCUCUGAUCCAGCUAUAGUGGAGAGAGAGAUUCAGUAUUGCCUGACCCAGAUCAAGAAGGCGCCACACAAUGAGAGCGCUUGGAACUAUUUGAAAGGGAUGCUGCAAGACCAAGGUCUGUCGUCUCCGCCAGGCCUGCUGGAGCGAGUCCUUGAGCUGAAGGACUCUCACUGUUCACCUUAUCUUCUUGCGUUUCUGUUUGAUUGCUACGAGGACGCCUUGGAGAACAGCAAUCAAAAAGAAAAUAUGGCGGAAGAGGAAGUAAAGGAAACUUUAAGAAAGGCUCUAGAAAUCGGUCAACUUUUGGCACAUGAGAAGGACACCAUCCGUAAGGAGUACUGGCUGUUUUUGGGACGUUCUUUAAAGAACAAACAUGGAGGCCGUGGCACCUCUGAUGAAGCUCUGGCUGAACCAUCAGUCCCAGUGUCCGGGCAGCGGGAAAUGAGCAAGACCACCGUGCCACCAAGUGACUUUGGAUCUGAAUACAUCCGUCGUUAGACACGUACUGAUGAACCCUGUCAGAGUGUUGUCAUGCACACUUAAUUCAAUGUAAUGUCUUUGAGGGAGGGUAGGUCCACAUAUUAUGUUAAUAUCAAAGAUAACAAAAAAAUCUACUAUCUAGACAUGUUUAUCGUAUUCCUUUGUUGUGUUUUUUUAGUUUUGUAACAGAUAUUUUUGAAUGAACACUCAUUGGGGACUUAAAUGCACAAUGUGUCAUUUCUUGUCGCUAGGGGUGUCUCAAUCAAAACAAUAAUACAAGCCGUAGUUUGGUGGCGUCGUGAAGUAGUGUGGGAUCAUGGGAGUUGUUGUCUUCACCACUGCUGUUAUCGUUGCAUUCAGCUUCUCUCGGUUAGGAUUCCUUCAGUGUUCAUCGUUCAAGAGGUUUUUACAGGGAGCUGAAUUAUCCUCAGAGGUCUCCUGCUCUACACAAGGAACGGACACGCUGAUUAAAGCAGGUUCACGUUUAACAUCAGUGUUUCUCCGCCGCUGUUUGGCUGCUGCUAACUUAUGAUCCAGACGUCCGAUGACAAAAUCCUUUAUCUGGUUAUAAUGCAUAGUAAAAAAAAAUACCAAGAUCUAAAAAGUGUAUGGUGAAAAUGUGGCUUGAACCUGGAUUAAAGGUGCAUUUAUGACUUGGCUUCUGGCAGACAACCACAACGCUGACGCACGCUCAAAGGGGACACGUCUCUAUUACAGUCGACGAAAUGAAACAGCGUUACCUGAUUAAAAGUUCAGAUUUCUCUGUUUGAAAAUUGUUUAGACAUUUGGGAUAAUGUAAGUACACAAUUCAACAAAAUAAAUAAUAUGGUCGCUUUUAGAAAUUUGAAUGUGGGAAUGUUACAUAUUGUACCUUUAACUCCAAAUAACACUAACUGGAGCACAUUGUGCAUGUAAAACCUCUAAAUCUGGAACAUUUCUUGGUAGUUUGGUGACAUGUAAUUGUGUUUUAAUGAAGGGCAGCAGAAGUCACCAUGAAGCAUAACAAUAAAACUCUUUGUAUUAACACUGAGUGGUUCGUAACACUAUUUAUCAGUGAUAAUAAAGCAGGUGAGGAGAAAUGCAGUGGUGUGCUGCUGCAUUCUGAUCAUUGAGUCACAACAUCACUUCUGCUUCUUCACUUUCUCUGAAUGAGCCACUUUGAUUUUGUUGUUUGGUCCUCUGAGCUUUGCUGCCAGGAGGAAACUGAACCUAU